AUGGUACAAAUGUUUAUUUACGCAAACAUGGAAACUAUUGGCUCAAUGUACACUCAACAGAUGUUCAAUUUGACUAGGACAGAAACCACUGAGUUUAACUCUGUUCUUGUCUCCUUAUCAGGUUUCAUAGGAUUCGCAUUUCUGCUUACUUAUGUUUGGACAAAAGUAGGAAAACGGGUUGACAAUCGUGUUGGAGCUUUGGCGGGUGUGUUAAUCUGCGUUGCGUUUUUGUUCACUACUUAUUCGUGGCCAUUCUACAGUGGAAACAUUGAAAGUGAUGGUGAGUACUAGUA